CUCACUUGUGCGCAUGCUCCGGGCGUCCCGGAGGUUUCCUGCGCUGGUGUUCCCACGUGCGGCCUGAACCUGAGGGCAUAAUGUUAUGAGGAGAUGGGAGCCCUAGUGAUUCGCGGUAUCAGGAAUUUCAACCUAGAGAACCGAGCGGAACGGGAAAUCAGCAAGAUGAAGCCCUCUGUCGCUCCCAGACACCCCUCUACCAACAGCCUCCUGCGAGAGCAGAUUAGUCUCUAUCCAGAAGUUAAAGGAGAGAUUGCUCGUAAAGAUGACAAGCUGCUGUCGUUUCUAAAAGAUGUGUAUGUUGAUUCCAAAGAUCCUGUGUCUUCCUUGCAGGUAAAAGCUGCUGAAACAUGUCAAGAGCCACAGGAAUUCAGAUUGCCGAAAGACCAUCACUUUGAUAUGAUAAAUAUUAAGAGCAUUCCCAAAGGCAAAAUUUCCAUUACAGAAGCAUUGACACUUCUCAAUAAUCAUAAGCUUUUUCCAGAAACCUGGACUGCUGAGAAAAUAGUGCAAGAAUACCAGUUAGAACAGAAAGAUGUGAAUUCUCUUCUUAAAUAUUUUGUUACUUUUGAAGUCGAAAUCUUCCCUCCUGAAGACAAGAAAGCAAUACAAUCAAAAUGAAGAAAAUCACAAAAAUUUCCUGUGUGUACUCCUCAUCCCUCCUCCUGUAUAUUUUCUCAUUUUUUGCAUAUUAAAUUAUGUUAAUUACCAAA